CCCGGGCAGUUGGAGGCGGCGGGCUGCACGGCUGGCUGGUUGCGUUGCGCGUCCUGGCUUCUUGUCUCGGCGCUCUCGUUCCGCGGCGGCCUGCUCGCUUCCUCCCCACGCCCCCGCCUCGCGCUCGCCGGGCCCCGGCCCCGAGGCCCGAAGCCAGCGCCCGGCCUCGCCGGCGCGGCCAGCACAGGCGGAGCGCCCUCGCAGCGGCCUUCCCGGGGCGGCCGUGGCAGGUGCCGGCGCCGCAAAGAUGGUCGCCAAACAGCGGAUCCGGAUGGCCAACGAGAAGCACAGCAAGAACAUCACGCAGCGCGGCAACGUGGCCAAGACCUCGAGAAAUGCCCCCGAAGAGAAGGCAUCUGUAGGGCCCUGGUUACUGGCGCUCUUCAUUUUUGUUGUUUGUGGCUCCGCGAUUUUCCAGAUUAUUCAGAGUAUCAGGAUGGGCAUGUGAAGUGACUGACCUUAAGAUGUUUCCAUUCUCCUGUGAAUUUUAACUUGAACUCAUUCCUGAUGUUUGAUACCCUGGUUAAAAACAGCUCAGUAAAGCAUCCUGCCUCCGAAUGACUUUCCUAUCAUCCUUCCUGUGUCAUUCCAAGAUUUCUUCACAAGUCAUUCCAAGUUUUCUAGUCCAUACCACAGUGCCUUGCAAAAACACCACAUGAGAAAAGCAAUAAAAUUUGAUUGUUAAGCUACA